AUGGAGACUCCUUACCAGAACCACAUUGACAAGGCUGAAUUUGAGGAUGUGUAUGAGCCAGCUGAAGACAGUUUUCUACUCAUAGAUGCCUUAGAGCAAGACCUAGAUUAUUUAAAAGCAAAGAAGCCAACUCUUUGCUUAGAAGUUGGAUCUGGAAGUGGGGUAGUCAUCACUGCUCUUGGUAUGGCCAUUCCAGACACAGUCUGUAUGUGUACUGAUGUGAAUUUGAAGGCAUGUAGUAUUUCCAAGAUCACAGCUGACCAUAAUAAGGUGGCCUUGGAUGCAGUAAAUAUGGAUUUAUGCAGUGCAUUCUUGGAUGAGAAGUUUGAUGUAAUUAUUUUCAAUCCACCUUAUGUGGUGACUGAACCUGAAGAGUGUGGAGGCACUGAUAUCACUGCUAGCUGGGCAGGCGGAUUCAAGGGAAGAGAAGUGACUGACAGGCUUUUGGACUUGAUACCAAAGAAAUUGGCUCCAAAUGGCACAUUCUACUUAUUGCUAAUAGAAGAAAACAUUCCACAAGAAGUGAUCACUAUUAUGUCCAAGCAUGGGUUUAAUUCUAAAUCUGUCAUAAAAAGGAGAAAUAGAAAUGAGCAGCAGCUGGUAUUAAAGUUUUACAAAUAACAGUUGUAUAUUAUAAAACAGAUAAACAUUUCAUUUAUUAUAUAGAUAUCUGUUACGUAAAAUAAAUACUAUUUUAUAUUA